UGAAUCCAGACAGCCUCUUAGGAACCAUUACUCAAGAUGAAGUGCAUCCUUGUGUUCGCCUGCGUUUCGAUUGUUCUUUGCCUAGCAGCGCCUGCCCCGGACACAGAAAUCGUCGAGCUGGUGUCCGAGGUUAAUGCCGAUAAUUAUAACUACAAAUUCGAGACGAGCGACGGCACCAAGCAGGAGCAGCAUGGCUCAAUCAAGAACCUGGGUCCCGAGGAGGAUGUUCUUCAGGUGGCCGGAUCCUAUAGCUAUUUGGGAGACGACGGACAGACUUACGCGAUAACCUACGUGGCCGACGAGAACGGUUUCCAACCCCAGGGCGAGCACAUUCCCCAUCUUUAAAGUUAACUAGAACUGAGGGAAUUUCACUUAAAAAUGUUAAAAGUUAACCCUAUGGAUCAAAGAUACAAAUCGAACAAAUAAUUACCUUUUUGAAACUUAUAAAUAAGAAAAAUAACUUGAAAAACAAUAAAACAUGUGCUAAUUUC